AUGGACGCGAGCCGGGGCAGCAGCAGCGCCAUCUUCCCGAUGCCGCAGAUCCCCCCGCUGCUCUUCGCCUCGCCACCGGCGGCGGCAUUGCCAUCUUCUUCCCUCUCUCUUUCCUCCUAUUCCUCCUCCUUGCGCGGCCACGCGCCGUUCAUCACCAGCUUCCCCAUCCUCGUGCUCACGGUGCUGGGCAUCCUCGCCGCCUCCGUCCUCCUCCUCGCCUACUACGUCUUCGUCAUCCGCUGCUGCCUCACCUGGCACCGCGGCUCCUCCGACGUCGCCGGCCCCAUCGUCUCCCGCCGCGGACUCCGCCCCCAACGCACCGGCACCACCGCGCCCGCCGACGCCGGCGCCGAGCCGCGCGGCCUCGAGGACGCCGCCAUCCGGGCGCUGCCGGCGUUCAGCUACAGGAAGAAGCCCGCCAAUGCCGCGGCGGCCGCCGACGAGUCGUCCGCUCCCGCGAGCGAGUGCGCGGUGUGCCUCGGCGAGUUCGAGGAGGGCGACAGGGUCAGGAUGCUGCCCGCCUGCCUCCACGUCUUCCACCUCGGCUGCGUCGACGCCUGGCUCCAGGGCAACGCCAGCUGCCCGCUCUGCAGGGCCAGUGCGGACGUCGCCGCCACCCUCUGCCGCCUGCCCCCGCUGCCGCCCGAGGAGGAGGUGGUGGUGACCAUCCAGGUCGUCGUCCCCGGCGGCGCUGAGGAAGACGGCCAAGACGCGCGGGAACAGGGGCAGCGAGAAGCCAUCGUGCCACCCGCUGCCGAGUUUGAAGGAGAAGACACCUGUACAGAUCGUCAGGUCAGUGGUGAGAAAACGAAGAGCACCAUCGAUGGCAUGACGGAGAGGAGGAAGGAUGGAGAGGUUCUUCCACCGAGGACGAGGACGUCCUUCUCCAGGGACGGAGACGCAAUGGCUGGUGGUGGGGAGGUUCACCUGCAGAUUCGGGAGAGCAUCUUGCAGAGGGACAGUCACUCCCGUACACAUGAUCAUGACAGCGACAGCAGCGGCGGCGGUCGAGUGCAGUGUAGGCAAUUGGAUCAGCAUUCUUCUUUUCUUUGCUGA